UCUCAGCGAGCUGCAGCUCAACGACUCCAGUGGGCAGUGUUACAACAUGUGAGGUGAACAGAGGGCUGAUUCUCGACCAGUGCUUCUUGGACUACACUGCAGUCGGGGCACGAUGAGCAGAGUCAGGCUCCCUCUCCUUGCGCUGUGCCUCUGUGGGGUUUUGCGGGCUCAGCAGCAGCUGCUCCCCGGCUCCUGCAACUUUGAGUCCGGAACCUGUGGAUACACCCACGAUGGCCGCUGGAGCAUGAAUGAGGAAGGGCAUCUGAUCAGUGUGGAGUCGUCGCCCUCAGCCCACCAAAAUAAGGCAGUCCUGGUCAGUCCGGUUCUGGAGCAUCAGGAAUGGAGCUGUGUGCGGCUGGUGUACCAGAUCAGUGGCCAAGGCUCCCUGCAGUUGCACCUCAGACCUCUUCUGGACAACUUUGACUACACGCUUUGGACGUCAGUCAAAGCCUCUGACAGCUGGCUGAUCGGGAGCGCAGACCUGCCCAACACCACCGAGCCCUAUCAGAUUUUGCUGGAAGGUCGGCCGGACACGAACAACAAGAGCAGCGUUUCCAUCUUUGAGGUCCACAUCGUCCCCGGAUACUGUGUCGAGUGUAACUUUGAGGAACAUCACCUAUGUGGCUACAGCAACAGCUGGAACCCCAACGUCAACUGGUACGUCGGCGGGAUGAGGGAGCCCGAGUCCAACCUGCUGGACAACCACAUUCACAGCAGCGACCACAGAGGACACUUCAUGUACGUGGACUCUUUAUACGUCAAACACUUCCAAGAGGUGGCGAAGCUAACGUUACCCAUGACCACUGUUCCACUGGCUGGGUGUCUGUCCUUCUACUACCACCGGGACCAAGAGCUCGGGAACAUCUUCACCGUCUUCACCAGAGAUCAGCUGGGCCACUACGAGGAGGUCUGGAGGCCAGAGGAGUACAGCACUAAGGGCUGGACUCUAGCCGGCAUCGACCUCAAGGCCCCGCACCCCCUGGAGGUGGUGUUUGAGGUGGCCUUCAACAGCGCCAGAGGAGGAUAUGUGGCCAUCGAUGACGUCACCUUCUCGCCCCAGUUCUGUCACACAGCCACAGAACCAACAGUUGACCCGUCUGUAGCCAGCUGUGACUUUGAGAAUGGACUGUGUCUGUACUACCAGGAGAAAGUGGAGAACAAAGUGUGGGGCAGAUACUCAGUCAAGCCAAACGCCUACAAAAUCGGGGACCACACAACAGGAACAGGCUGCUUCCUGUUGGCCAACACACACUUUGCCUCCAUGCCCGGGUAUGUGGGUCGCCUGCACAGUCCGUAUCUGCCGGGGAACCACAAGUACUGCCUGAGGUUCUACUACAUGCUCCAUGGAUUCAGGAAAGCGGAUAAUGCCCUGGUGGUCUACAUCUACGAUGAGAACAAUGUUGCUCAGGGGAAAGUGUGGAGUCUGACCGAAACCUCCAGAGCUGUCUGGACACAAGUGGACAUCACUUACAUGAAACCAAUGGUGUCCAAGAUUGUCUUUGCCAGCAUCUGUAACCGCUUCUGGGACUGUGGCCUGGUGGCGAUUGAUGACAUCACCGUGAGCCUGGGGGACUGUCGAGUCACUGCAGGCUCCGCCCCAGGUCAGUGUGAUUUCGAGUCCGGCACCUGCGGCUACAUCCAGGAGUCAACACAGGACCAGGGGGACUGGCUGCGCGUCCGAGGCCACACCCCGACGUCAUACACUGGACCCAUGGGUGACCACACCACUGGGGUGGGACACUUCAUGUACAUCGAGGCUUCCCUGAUGCGCCCAGGCCACAGAGCCCGACUGUUGACCUCAGACAUGAGAGGCUCCUCCAGCUCCCAGUGUUUGACCUUCUACUUUCACAUGCACGGGUCCGGAACCGGCAUCAUGAGCGUUCUACUGCGCAGCCAAGGCUCCGACAAACUGCUGUGGCGGCGGCGCGGCGAGCAGAGCGUGAGCUGGACCAGAGCCAUGCUGGACUACCACUGUGAGACCCAACACCAGAUCAUAUUCGAAGCUAUCAGAGGUCCGUCUCUGCGGAGUGACAUCGCUCUGGAUGACAUCAGCUUCAGGAGGGGUCCCUGUGAAGACCCCGGGGACAGCGUGCCAUACUCGGGGUCCUCAGAGUACUUCAAUGAAGUCGAUAACUGACACUGAAGAAAGCGACGGAGGAAACCAGACAAGUCACUCUUGGAGAGGCACCAUUGCAGGGGACGGGACUGUCCUGCGCUGCCCUGGGUCUCGCCAUGAUGUCACGCUUCCAUCAGCUCUCUCUCUCUCUCUCUCUCCGGAGGAGGAGAAGCUCCUUCCAGAUCUUUGAACCAGGGAGUCCGGCAGAGGCGUCUGCCCGACACUUUCACCACUUUAUUUAA